CUCAGUUCAUCCAUACCUUCAUACGUAUCACUUGUUUGAACUCUGAAAAUUUAGUAAAUUAGCAAACAAUAAACAAACACAAAUAAAUAAGAAAUUAAACAUAUAAGAAUAAACCAUCACCCUGUAUCAGAAGUAGUACUACACAACUCCGUCACCAUACUCUGACAUACAUUUCCAUCUACAUUUUGACCAGUGCCAGUAUGACUAUCAUCCCUGUCAUUACCAACAAUUUUAGGCAUUUCUUCUCCCCUAUUUUAACACAUAAAGAUUCGUUGUCGGAAUUGCACCCAAAAACGGAACAACGCAUUAUUGGUACUUUUGUGACCACGUAUAGUCUAGAAACUAAUUAUCGAUUGACCAAAAUAACAAAGUAUUUCAACUAUAGUUAUUGAAGUUUGCCGGGCUCUUAAUGAAGCAUUAAAACACCAAGUUCAGAUGCCAAAUACUACAGAAGGGUGGCUACAAUGUGCUAAAGAAUUUGAGGAGCAUUGGAAUUACCUGCAUUGCGUAGCCGCUAUGGAUGGGAAGCAUGUGAUGUUACAAGCACCCAUAAAUAGUGGCAGCGAAUAUUACAAUUAUAUUUCAUAUUGCCGUUCUUGAAUUACAAUAAUACACUCGUAGUAGCACUUUUUUCUGCGCCCAGCAUGCACGAUUUUAAAGUAAAUCCGGACCUGUCUCGCGCCGACUUCGCUCCAGUCCAUCCAUCCGCCGGCGCUGCUAGCUCAUUGCAAUUUUUUCGUGCGCCCGGUGUGUUAGAGCCGGUCCACACGGCGCGUUGCGUUGCGUUGCGUCGUCGCAACGCAAAUAUUUUGACGCAUAGCCGGCCACACAGGCGCUGCGCCAUCACAGCGUUACUGUGACGCAGUCUUAACGUUCCGUCGGCGCAGCGACGACGCACAGGUGCGGCAAGCAUUUUGUAAAAAUAUCGCAGUCAGUCUAUAGGAAAGCAUGGAUCGGAAAAGACGUCUAGCAUUGCUCCUAUUACUGCGUCACCGCCGAAAUCGACGCAAGAUCACAAGACGAAUAUCGGGAGCUGCUAUUAGACGAAAAGAAGUUUUAUAACUUUUUUAGAAUGAGUGUAUCCAGCUUCGAAUGUUUAUUGAAGUCCGUAGAACCACACAUACGAAAAAACUAUACUAAUAUGAGGAAUCCAGUGGAACCAGUAGAAAUGCUGGGAAUUACUUUAAGAUACCUAGGAAGUGGAAAUUCAAUAACCGAUUUACAUUUGAAAUUCAAACGGGGAAAAUCUACUAUUGCAUAUAUGAUACAAAGAGUUUGUCGUGCUAUCUGGACCAAUCUUCUUCGAGACAACAUCCCUGAACUGACAAUUGAAAGUUUCCAAACAAUAGCGAGGGAUUUUGAUGUAAAGGCAAAUUUUCCUCACUGUGUUGGUGCCAUCGACGGCAAACACAUCCGUGUGUGUAAUCCUGCACAUAGUGGCUCACUUUUUUAUAAUUAUAAAGCCUUUUUUUCGAUUGUGUUGCUAGCUAUUGUGGAUUCAAAUUACAAAUUCGUUUUUGUCGACAUCGGUGCAUACGGAAAAGAAUGCGAUUCAACCAUAUUACUAAAUUCUAAACUGUACGAGCUAAUGAUUAACAACAACUUACCACUACCUCAACCCCAGCCACUCUCUGGUAGCAAUAUACCAACCCCGUAUGUAUUUGUGGGUGACGAAGCUUUUGGACUGAGCAAACAUAUUAUGCGUCCACAUGGUGGUAAAAAUCUUGACUUACAACAAAAGGUUUUCAAUUAUCGUCUAAGCAGGGCCAAAAGAUAUGUCGAAUGCGCUUUUGGGAUUAUGGCAAACAAAUGGCGCAUUUUUCACAGACCGAUAGACGUGUCCUAUGACUUCGCUACUGACAUAAUAAAAGCAUGUUGUGUACUACACAAUUUUGUCGCUGAUCGAGAUGGUUUUAGACAAAGAGAUACAUUUGCUAUAAGUGUUGAUGAAUUUCUCCCAAUACAACCCGCAGAUGAAGAACAGACAGCACCGAAUGUCAUAAGACAGCAUUUUGCGACCUAUUUUAUGACUAGAGGAACUCUGCCUUGGCAACUAAAGAAGGUAUAAUAGUAUUAAAUAAAAAAAAACAAUAAAUAUCUGUACUGUGAACUCACCAACUUUGUUUUUUCGUUCAGCUGUGAAAUUCUCGUAAUCAGGAAAUAAAACUUUUG